AUGGCCUUGAAUCCUGAAGAUCUCGGUAGUGGGUUCCGGCAUAGCAAGGUGUCAUCCUUCAUCAACGAGCAAAUGGCCAAGCAUGACAAAGGCCCUGAUUUCUACCUUGAAAACCUAUCUCUGUCCUGGGAGGAAGUGGAAGAUAAACUCAAAGUCAUCCUGGAGGAUAGAGAGAUGCCUAUCGAAGCUCGGGAAGCCUGUGCCUGGGGCACUCUGGCCUUGGCUGUACGUUUCGCUCAUAGGCAAGGCUGUUUGCAGGGGCACGGGGUGCAGUGGCUACAAGACUUGUCUGGUAUGCAGAAGGUAUCUGCACUCUCUUUGCCAUCAGACCUGAGGCAGCUCACGCACCCACAACAAAUGGAGAGGGAGGUAGCUAGCCAGCUUCAACUGGCUCAGGCCAAACUGGCAGAGGUGCAGAGGGAGCGAGACCUGCUGAGACUGAAGAUCAUUCAGGCAGAGCUGAGGGCUCUUCCCAAUGCAGUAAAACCGGCUGUGCCCAUUCCUUCUGCUGUUGUCAGAAGAGCAGGGACAGGGAUACAAUGGUCAGCUGCAAAAGAAGACUUGGCAGAGUUGAUGGCUGCUGCUACAGGAAGACGAGAAGAUAAAGCAGAGAUGACAGCAGCUGCCCUGGCAGAGACACUAUCUGCCCCCGACGAGGCCUCGAAGGAGCCCAAUGGAAGUUUUCUGAAGCUUCUUGAAGUCAUGAACUGGAAAAAUUAUCCCUUGAAAAGGCAGAGAGUAGGAGAUCUCAAAUCCAAGGAGACAUCUAUGUGCCCUCUCUCCCAGUCCCUGAGUCUUAGAUCCACAUCCUCCUCUGAACCCAUUACUGUCCAACUCCCUGCCUCAUUCACAUAUUCAUAUGAAAGCCCCUUCCCAGCCAUACCUACCACAUCCCAAGUAACAAACACAGACAGACCCUCUCAGAUACAUUCCUACUUCGUGGCCUCUGAGAUGAGUCAGCUAUCCGAUAUGGGGAUCUACAGAGGAGACCAUCAAGAACUGCAGAAAGACAAGAGAUCUUCAGCAUUCCGCAGGCCUGGGGAUUGGGACUGCCCUUGGUGUAAAGCUGUGAAUUUUUCAAGGAGGGAAAGCUGCUUCCACUGUGGGAAGGGAAUCUGGCUGCAAAACCCUUAG